AUGUCUUCCCCAAUGCAGGUCCUCAUCCCACAACUUCAUCUCGGGAACACAUUUGGGGCACUGUUUAUUGGGGUCAUCCUUGCUGCAAUUCUCUUCGGUCUGAGUAGCAUUCAAGCUUUCUUCUACUUUCAGACGCACAGGGGUACAGGAAUAUCGUUCCCUAAGCUAGCCGUUGCCUGGCUUUGGAUACUCGAUGCUCUGCACCUAUUCUUGAUAGUCCACUGCAUCUAUUAUUACUUAGUGGCCCAUUACGCGGAUAUCAGUGCACUCACGGAACUUGUGUGGAGCUUUAAACUUCAAAUAGUCAUCAAUGUUAUAAUCGUCUACACGGUGCAUCUGUAUGUGCUUCCCUAUCGAGCCAAUGGGUUUCUACGACUGAUGCAAUGUAUCAGUCGGCAAGGGCCGAUCAAGAGUCCUCCCUAUAGCCGUGGGCGUAAUCAUAAUUUCGGGUUCAGUCGGCUCAUCAUUGUAAUCCAACGACAGUCAUUAUGUGGGCCAUAUCUGGUUAAAAUCGAGUGGUCGACAUAUAUGGCUUUGGGCGCGAUCACUUUCGUCGAUUUCAUUAUCGCAUCAUCGCUAUGCUAUCUCCUCGCCACUUCACGUACUGGAUUCUCUAGCGUGUGUUCAAUGACAGUUAUGAUUACAUGCGCAGUCAUGCCGCACAACUUCAUCUUCCUCAGUGUUGAAUUUUUAGUGGCUAAAUUAUACGUCAACUCAUUCUUCGCACUCCUGAACGCGCGGUACUACUUACAGCCCACCACAGAAAUUAACCAUUCUUCUGAUGUCCAUAUGCGCCAUGGCAUCUACCGUCCAGAGCUGAACGUUAUGGCGUCCCAAGACGAGGAAUUCCAGGGAUCCCGGAAAAACAUGUUUAAACAUCCCGGCGAUGAUUUAGUAGCUGCGUCACUGGCCAUGGAAGAGUACUGA